CCCAGCAGUGCCACCCGCAAGUUCCGCCCACCUGUGCCCAGCAGUGCGCCCACUAGCUCCGCCCACCUGUGCCCAGCAGAUCACCCACCUGUGCCCAGCAGUGCACCCACCUGUGCCACUCUGCAGUGCCACCUACCUGUGCCCAGAAGUGCCACCUACAUGUGCCCAGCAGUGCCACCCACCUUUGCCCACCCACCUAUGCCACCCACCUGUGGCCACCCACCAGUGCAGCCCAGCAGUGCUGCCAGUCAGUGCCACCAUCAGUGCCGCCAGUCAGUGCCCAGCAGUGAUGCCAGUCAGUGCCGUCUAUCAGGACCCCAUAAUCAGUGUCACCUAUCAGUGCCGCCUAUCUGUGACACCUCAUUAGUGCUGUCUAUCAGU